GUCAUUUCAUACUAACAAAGUAAUCAUAGUACUAAAUGCAUGUGUAUUCUUUCAAAUGUCGCGUCGAUAAUAAUAAUAAUAGCUCAACCGGUGAAUAGAGAGAUAACCCGAGUUUAUUCAAUAAAGGGUGUCUCUAACUUCUAAUGGACGCUGCGAAAUUCGCAAGAAUGGAGAGUAGAGCUAAAGAAGAAGCCAAGGUGCCGAGAGACACCUACAGGCUUGCAUACAUAAUCCACUUCCUGCUGGGUGCAGGGAGCCUGCUGGCGUGGAACGCCCUGAUCACAGCCGUGGACUACUUUGAGUACUGCUACCCGGGCCUGCACGUCGAGAAGGUCUUCUCCGUGGCAUACAUGAGCUCCUCCCUGGCAACCAUGGUUAUGGUGCUUGUGGGAUUUGGGAGGCAUAACACUAUUACAAGAAGCUGGUUCAGGCUCAGAAUGAACUUGGGAUUUUCCAUGUUUGUUCUGUCUCUCAUGCUCACUCCAACCAUGGAUUGGUGGUUCAAGAAGAAGGAGCUGACUAAUAAGUGUGCUGCUCCGUACUCCGCUGUGGUUUCAUCUGUGGUAAUAUGCGGUGUAGGGGACGGUUUGGUUGGUGGAACGCUGUUCGGCUCUGCUGGAAAGCUGCCUAAGCAGUACAUGCAAGCCAUCUUUGCUGGCACUGCUUCUUCAGGUUGGUUACAUUCACUAACUUAGUUUGAUCAAGUUUCAUAAUACUUUGUUUCACUUGUCUUAUUUAUAGGUACAAAGCAAAUAUGUAAGAAAAAGGAAAAUUAUGCUAACGGGAAAGAACUGCUAUGGGUUUGAUCUUAAGUAAUUCCAUAUUAAACAUACAUAAAAAUACAAACCUGCAGCUUAUGAAGUUUUAAGGCAACUUUUUUUAAUAAAUUGAUCUCUUUAGCCAAUUUAGCGUGAUUACUGUUAAGAACUGAGGUUCUAUUAUAAAAGGUCAAACUAAUGAUCAGUUUUCCUUUGAUGAUCAGUUUGUUUUUGCAUUCUGGAAAACCAACAUGUUUUAUUGUAAGAGGUCAAACUAAUAAGAGUAGGAGGAGUCCAAGAACUUAUUACUUGUCCUUUAAUGAUCAGUUUUUUUUUUGGAUUCUGGAAAUCAACAGGGGUUUUAAUAUCUGCAUUGAGAGUCAUAACAAAAGCGUCGCUUCCCCAGACACCACAGGGUCUGAAAACCAGUGCACACUUCUACUUCAUAGUGAGCACGGCCAUUCUGAUGGGUUGCAUUGCCUGUUCGAACCUCCUCCACAAGCUGCCUGUGAUGCAGCAGCAUUACAGGCUUCUCCAGGACGAUCAGAACUCGAGCCCGAAGCCCAGGUUCUGGAAUGUUGCAAGAGCAAUCAGAUGGCCCGCUUUCGGGAUCUUCAUGAUUUACACUGUCACUUUGUCAAUCUUCCCGGGAUUCCUCGCCGAAAACAUACAUUCGGAGAUGCUUCAAGAUUGGUACCCCAUUCUGCUCAUCUCAGUGUAUAACAUUUCAGAUUUCUUGGGGAAGUCGAUGACGGGAAUCUAUGUUGUGGAUAGCAUCGGGAAGGCAACAUGGGGUUGUGUUGGCAGGGUUUUGAUGUACCCUUUGUUUAGUCUCUGCCUCCACGGCCCGAACUGGUUGAAGACUGAGACGCCUAUUAUAUUUCUGACCAUAACUCUGGGAGUAACCAAUGGCUACUUUACCAGUGUCCUUAUGAUUCUUUCCCCCAAGUCAGUGCCACUUUCUGAAUCAGAAAUAGCUGCCAUUGUGAUGGCAGUUUUUCUGGGUAUAGGUUUGGUUUCGGGAUCGGUUCUUGGCUGGAUUUGGAUCAUAUGAACUUUGGACGAUUGUGUCAUGUGAAACAUCAAAUGUAAAACUUUUUUUGUUAAUGUGUGCACUAUACAACGUUUGGGUCCUGUGGUUUUGCCAUCGGGUUGAAACUUGGAAGGGCAUAUUAAUUUUGAUCGUUCUGAAUGUAAAAUUAGAAGCAGGUUAUAUGAAGGGAGAAGUUUGAUAAGCAGGUCUUAAUACUACCUCAGUUUUGUUUGCAAACAUAUUCCUCUUUGGGCUUUUUUAUUUGCAAUAUUUUCGUCUAUGGUAAGUUUUUUCCAUAUUUUUU